CUUCUGCCAAACUUCCCACUCUCUCAAUUCCAUUUUCAAUCUAGUUCAACUGAAUUCCGCAGCCCCUUUCCUGAUCGCUCCUCUAAUCCCGUGUGUGAAUUCCACUUCAACCUCAACAAACAGCCCCUCGGGGCUUCUCAUCGGAUUGGCAGCCCGCCGCAAUCGCAAAUCUGCCAGUGCCCGCACCGCAGCACCGUCCAAUCGCGCAAUGGCACCCCCUCCCCCUCGCCGGAAUCUACUCCCCAAAGACCGAUUUGCCUUCAACUUUGGGAGUCUAAAGACUCAGAAUUACCAUGAUCCUGUUGCGCGUGGACCGGGAUCUCAUACUAUCCGAACAAUCGCCUGGAACCCCACGGGCCAGCUAGUUGCAACUGGGUCCGCCGACCGCACCCUCCGAAUCUGGAACCCCGAACGCUCGCAAGUCAAAUACUCCACCGAAUUGCGCGGCCACACGGCCGGUAUCGAGAAGGUCGUCUUCAACCCCACGCGGGACUCGGAAUUGGCCAGCUGCUCGACGGAUGGCACGGUGCGGUUCUGGGAUGUGCGGUCCAAGACAUGUGUGAGCCGGCUGGACGUGGGCACGGAGGCGUUCACGCUGUCCUGGUCUGCGGAUGGGAGCACCCUUAUCGUGGGAAGAAAGGACGACACCCUCAUCCCCAUCUCCAUUGAGUCCCUCUCCACGCCGACGCCGACGCCCACCCUCCUGACCGACAAACCCCCCGCAGCAACCACAACCACCCCUCCCACAAGCAUCUACCGAGCCCUCGAACCCCACCAACAACCCGUGCAAACCAACGCAACGACCUUCUCGCACCACAUGGCCACGGCCGCCGCCCCGGACCUACACCUCUUCGCGACGACGGGCGAGGGGACCGUCAAGAUCCUCUCGUACCCGAGCUUCUCCCUGCUGCACACCCUGCACGCGCACACGUCGGCCUGCCUGUCCAUCGCCCUGGCGCCGACGGGCCGCUACCUGGCCGUCGGCGGCAGCGACGCCCUGAUCUCGCUGUGGGACACCACCGACUGGAUCUGCCGCCGCACGGUCUCCAGCAGCAACGGCGGCGCCGUGCGCGGCGUCAGCUGGAGCUUCGAUGGCCGUUUCCUCGUCGGCGCCUGCGACGAGGUCGGCUGCGGCGGCAACGGGCUCGAGGUCUUCCACGCCGAGACCGGCGAGUCCGUCUACACCGUCCCCGUCGGCGGCAAUGCCAACUCCGGCAUCCCCGCCGUCGCCUGGCAUCCCUCGCGGUACUGGCUGGCGUAUUCCACCACCGCCGAUGGCAGUGGCCAUGGUGGGUUGAGGAUCGUGGGGGCGGCUGGGGGGAAUCUGUAAUAUCAAGGUGUUGUUGUUUUUGCUGCUGCUGCUGCUGCUGCUGCUCCCCCGGCAAAAGAUGAAUCUUAUGUUGUGUUUGUCGAGAGACAAUGUAUGAUGUCCUCUCCACCGUAAAGGGUUAUCGUGUGCAACCCUAGUGGUCAUCCAUUUUCAGGCGUUUUUAUGGUGUUGUCGAGGCAAGUCUUGCUGGUUCUGGUCGCAUAUGGUUCUUGGAUGUUGUCUUUCACUUUGCAUUUCUCCCCCCCCCCCCUUUCUU